AUUUUUUUAGAGUAAAUCAACUACGGCACAGCUGAUUGGUUGAAGCACUCAGUGACGUCAUUGGGGUUUUCCUGCGUCAUUGAUAUUUGCGCAUGCGCACUUCGGAUGUCUUCCUACCAGCAGCAGAAACAAGAGGAGCAGCCCCUUUUCCUCCAACAAGACUUCCCACUUAUGUAUGAGUGCAGUCAAGACAAGGGAAACCUCAUGCCGCCUGUUCUGCAGCCACAUGCUUGUUCCUGUGGAGCACUGAAUACCUCCUUCUAAGACUAAGGAGCCAACUUGGAGUCUUUGGCAAUGGACAACCUAAUAGACUUCAACAUGUCAUCUGAGGCUACACCGAGAGACAACCCUUCGAGCCAUUCAGACAUUUUCUCCGCAGAGCCACUGUCCUGCAGGUUGGCUCUGCAACCCUCACUCCCUGAACCCAUGGCCCCCACCAAGUCCAGCUCCCAUCACCAUUACAAAGAUGAGGAUGGAAAUGUGAGCGAUGCAACAGAGUCCGCAGACAGUGAGAAUGACAUGGACCCGCCCUCAACCGUGUGGGAACUAAGACGCUCGUCAUCGUCAUCCUCUCAUAGUGCUGAGGACAAUGAUGCUGAGGCAGUUGAGAGAAGGGAGUUCAUGAAGACGUAUGUGGAGAAAGUGUUUCAUGGAAGGCAGGACUUGGACCAAGAAGAGAAAUCUCGUUUUGGAGAGCUGUGCAGCGGUGAAAAUGGGAAAGGCAGAGAGUGGUUUGCUAAAUUUGUCAGUGCACAGCGCUGCCAAUCUAAAUGUGUGAGUGAAGGUACCUUCUACAGACUGGUGCAGUCUUUUGCUGUCGUAUUGUUUGAAUGUCACCAAAUGGAUGACUACAGCCCAGCCAAAAAUCUAAUGACUAUGUGCUUCACAUACUACUAUAUUGGAAAGUCCCAGCCGUCUCCUGCAGAGCUCUUUGAUCGUGGUGGUCCACCUGCUGGUCAGGACUCGUACCUAAGCAAGGCCAACUCCUGGCUGUCUGAUAAGAAAGAUGCUGCUGAGCGACUCCUCAAAAACUCAUCGAAGACUGACGUCAAAGGCUUUUUUGGAGGCCUUGAAAGCAAGUUGAGAAACUCAGUGACUCCGAAGACCGAGGAUGGUGAAAGUCAAUUUAAGACAAAACCUAAUUUAUCAGUGUCUGAGGUUCCAGAGGAAACCAAAGGAGAAAAGGUGUACUUGUACACCCACCUGAAGCAGCAACCCAUCUGGCACACAUUGCGAUUCUGGAAUGCUGCAUUCUUUGAUGCAGUUCAUUGCGAGAGGAACAAAAGGUCACCAACUACAAGCAGGGGAACGCAAGAUGAAGACAAAGAUAAAAGGGAGAGGUGGUGUCACAUGACCCAGCAGGAAAGGGACGACCGCUCCAAAAUGGAUGAAAACAUUGCUUUUGGCCAGCUGGGGACGUUUACUCACAACAUGGUGGCAUUUGGGCUCAGUGAAAAACUGUGCAAAGAUUUUCUGAAGAAGCAGGCUGUCAUUGGAAACCUGAACAAAGAGCAGUACAAGUUGUUAACUGACCACAUUGAGAAGAUGGCGACAGAGUGAGGGUGAGGACAACGUGUCGAAUUUCAUGGUCUCCAGCCUGAUCAUGAGCCAUCUCAAAUCAAUGUCACGUGACCAAUUGAAAUACAACACACAUCACUGCAGGGGGGUCCUCGUUUGACGAAAUCCUGUGUUAUGAAUUUCCCUGUUUACCAACGCACUUUCUUCAUUAUUAAUACCGUACAAAAAGAAAAAUAACUAGUUCCGGGCGCGUGGUGGAAGAGGAUGUACAAGGAGUAAAUGCAUAGUCGCGCUUGCUACACGGGUUGAGAAAGGAGACUGUCACUUUUGUUCUUUUUGAUUGACCUUUUGACUUCAAUCUCCAGCAUGAGGCAGACCCUUCUUGGGGCAGUGUGUUUAAAAAAAAAAAAAGAAGGCAAUUAUUUUUUUUAGAUAGGAUUAAUCACACUAUUGACUCUUUUUGAUGACUCAUAAUUCAUCACAGGUUUUUACUUGCUUGCAUAAAUUAAAUUAACUUAAAGAAGACCCUAAUAUUUGGACACAGAUGCAAUUUUAUCGUCAGAAUGUCAUGCAGGAAAAUUUUUCAAAUGUUUUGCGUGAAUAUAUGCUCAAACCUUGAUCAAACGUGAUAACAGUUCUAUCUAAAGUCCAGUAGGGUCGAUUUAAAGUGAAAUUUGCCAGUUAGUACACCAGUCGGAGUCGGACGUAUGCAUUGACCUGAUCACUGACCGUAUAACAACACACACCUUUCAGAUAACCAUCCACAGUUAAGGUAAAAUAGCAUCUAAGCUCAAAAUAAAAUGGUGUGAUUAAUUUGCGUAAUUACAUGAUUAAUGCAAGAUUUUUUUUGUGUGAUUAAUCACAAGUUCUUAUUUUUGACAGCCCUAGAAAUCAGACAUGCUUGGUUUAAGUCAGAAAAAUGCCACAACCAUCAUAAAGUAUCUUUGGACACGUGAAAGGAACUUCUAUUAUAAAAUAGUGUAGUGGACUCAUUUUUGAGACUUCCUCAAAUACCCCCGUCUCUCCGUCCAAGUAUGCAAGACAACCACAGGGGAAAAAGUAAGGAGUUGGCCUUGCACUAUUUAAUUCAGUUCUUGUAUAUAAUCUUUUUAUUACAAUGUUUUAAAUGUGCUUCAAUUAUUCUGCCUCGUGUGACUGCCUUAGUCGUAGGACUGGAACUCGUUCGUAGCGUCAGGACCACCUGUACUGUCAACUGUGCCAAAGUUGUAGCAGAGCUCAGUCGUGCUCUGAUACACACAACAUCAAAGUUCAUGUGUAAACUCACUUCUUUGCAAAGUGGAAAAAACGUUUCUGCUGUAAAAAAAAAAAACAUACAACAAAGCUCGCCAUAGACUAGAACAGGGGUCGGCAACCCAAAAUGUUGAAAGAGCCAUAUUGGACCAAAAAUACAAAAACAAAUCUGUCUGGAGCCGCAAAAAAUUAAAAGCCAUAUUACAUGUGUCAUGAGAUAUACAUGUAAUUAAGAGGACUUAAAGGAAACUAAAUUAGCUCAAAUAUAGCUACAAAUGAGGCAUAUGCGAUAUGUACAUAUAGCUAGCCUAAAUAGCAUGUUAGCAUCGAUUAGCUUGCAGUCACGCAGUGACCAAAUAUGUCUGAUUAGCACUCCACACAAGUCAAUAACAUCAACAAAACUCACCUUUGUGCACUCAUGCCCAACGUUAAAAGUGUGGUGGACAAAAUGAGAUAGAAAAAGUGGCAUAAAACACGUCCUAGAAAGUCGGAGAAAGUUAUACAUGGAAACAAACUAUACGGCGAGUUCAAGGACCGCCAAAAUUAGUAGGACAAAACGGCGCUCGCCAAAUACUCGAAUCAGUGAAGCAUGUUUAAUAUAAACAGUGUGAUUUAUAACAAUUAGCGAGGUUUAUGUCAUGUUUGUCCUCCCACAGAAAACAUUCUGAAACAAAAAAAUUGAUUUUUUUCCCCUCAUCUUUUUCCAUUCUUCAUACAUUUUUGAAAAAUCUCCAGAGAGCCACUAGGGCGGCGCUAAAGAGCCGCAUGCGGCUCUAGAGCCGCGGGUUGCCGACCCCCGGACUAGAACCAUGUGCAGUAUGCAGUGAAAUAACGUUUUUACCUGCUCAAGAAAUGACUGAAACUGUACAUCUUCUGUGUACUUUAAAGAGAAGACUGUACGUUUCAUUUUAAGUGGCAUUUAAAAUGGGGAGAGGUUUAGUCUGCAAACCAACUUCAAUGCUCAAGAAUAGAAACAUUUAGAAGAUUGAAACUUGAUUAAUACUAUUCAGUAUCAAUACUGAUGGAGGAAAAUAAGGAUCUCAUUACAGUAUUUACUUGUUGACACGUGACUGUUGGCAACAGCAGGAGAUAAUUGUAUUUGAGAAGAGACUGAUGGCGAAGUGGAGUACAAAACUGUGGAGGACACAUGGGACAAUGCAUUGAAUGCAGAUCCUGCCCUAUUUUAUUUUUAUUCAGAGCGGUACUGAGCAGCCGGUAGAGAUGUAUGCCGUACCACUUUCCAACUUUACACAUUUUUUUAACCUGUGUUAACAAUUCAUUUCGUGGGAUCACAAAUACAUUAGAGCAGGGGUGCCGAAAGUGGGGCCCGUGUGCCAAAUUUGGCCUGUUGAGUCAUUUUGUUUGGCCCACCACAGGAUGGGAACUUAAUUAAAUUUAUCUUUAGGUUAUUUUGUGUUUCACACUUAAAAUUCGAGGUUUUCUGAUCCAAUAUUGAUGUAGGUUAUCUGUGUGAUAUCAGCAAAAGAAACACGUAUCGGAUGAUAUCGGCUUAAGGUAAAAUCGCCAAUAAAAGCGCUUCAAUACAAGCACUCUUGCAGUGCGUUAAGUUGUGUAAACCUGGACAGCCAGUUCACAUCUACAGUAAAUGUCCUCCAAAUAGCACACAAGUUAGGUCUUUUCUUGGUAGUUUAGUCAAGUCAUUUACAAAAAGUAAACAUGAUGGGCUAUACUGUCAGCUACUGGGAGCCAGCCGCUACACAACAGCUAAACACACGAUAGCACACAAGCUAAACAUCCCUAAAACGUGUCCUUAAUUGAACAAUAUUGCACUCUAAAAUACUACAUUUGUCAACAUAAACAAGUAUCAAAUAAUUAUGGUUUACAAUACGUACAAAUACAGGCUCCAAGUGCAUUAAAGUACCAAUGAUUGUCACACACACACUAGGUGUGGCAAAAUUAUUCUCUGCAUUUGACCCAUCACCCUUGAUCACCCCCUGGGAGGUGAGGGGAGGACUGGGCAGCAGCAGUGGCCGCGCCCGGGAAUCAUUUUUGGUAAUUUAACCCCCAAUUCCAACCCUUGAUGCUGAGUGCCAAACAGGAAGGUAAAGGGUCCCAUUUUUAUAGUCUUUGGUAUGACUCGGCCGGGGUUUGAACUCACAACCUACCGAUCUCAGGGCGGACACUCUAAUCACUAGGCCAUUGAAGUAGAGAUGUAGUAACAAGUGUGUCCACAUCAUUGAACUUGCUACGUAAUGAUCUUAACUUAAAGAAUUAGCACUCCACUUCAAAUUAAAGAUUAAUAAUAAAUAGUAUAAUAAUUUUCAUACCUACCUUCGUUCUCUGUUUGACUAAUUUCACCAAACAUUUUCUAACAUUCCACAAUGCAAAUUAAUACAAAUAUUUAUGAUAUUUGGCUUCAUCCUGCUGGCAUCGUAUCUGCUCAAUAUUGGUAUCGACCAAUACUUAAAGGGGAACUGCACUUUUUGGGGAAUUUUGCCUAUUGUUCACAAUCAUUUUGAAAGACAUGACGACGGAUGGAUUUGUUUUAAUGCAUUCUAAAUAUUAAAUAAAUGUGAAUAAAGGUCCGCUUACAGCGGCGUCAAUGGGAGUUCCACUAUUUUGCCCAUAAAAUUCAAUAAAAAAACAUUCAGAAACCGCCAACAAUACUCUAUUUACAUUUUGUGUCUUGAAUAUUAACUAAGUAUUAGUGAUAUUGUUAUUAUAAGCGCUAACGCAGACAAACUAUUUAUAGCGGCGCCGUGAUCACUUCCUGUGUGUCGCUAUGUUUACAUCAUCGAGUGGUCUGCUGUUUCCUUGCUUCCCUGCGCCCUGUAAGUGUAUUGUAGAUUAUAAAUCAUGCAUUUCACCUGGACAUGAGACGUCUGGGUAGGUAAUCCAACAAGUUGGUACACUUUGGCAGCCAUUUAGGACCUGGGACUGGCGAGAAUGACACAAAAAGACGUUUGGUCCCUGCUGCCCCCCCCCGUUUCUUUGCGAGGAUUAUGAGUAAUUUUUCAUCUAAAUGGUUAUAUAUGAACAUCCUAUCAGUCGGCAUCCUAAUGACUGCAGACAUUGUACAGUAAGUGAUGUUUUAUAAUGUUUGUUGGCUCUCAUAAAGUCUGCAGUGAGUAAUAAUCAAUGAUGAAGACUAAAAAAAAGCAAACGUAAUGCGUUUUUUAAAUUAAUGCGCAGCGUAUGCUUAAAAUGACCCAAAUACGUAAAUAUUAAAUGUUAUUACAAAUGUCCCCGUUACUACAUUACUUAUAUACUUACAUCAUGUACAGUAUAUAAAACCUCAAUGGAGGUGUUUGGAUGUUUUAUUAGGGGCUUUUGUAGGCGGAAUUGCGCGGCUCCCAUAGGCUCCAUUGAAAGCAGAUUUUUGAUCGCAUUUAUUUAAUAUUUAGAAUGCAAAAAAAAUAACAUCCAUCGUCAUCAUACUUGCCAACCUUGAGACCUCCGAAUUCAAGAGGGGGGGGCGGGGUUUGGUGGUAGCGGGCGUGUAUAUUGUAGCCCGGAAGAGUUAGGGCUGCAAAGGAUUCUGGGUAUUUUUUCUGUUGUGUUUAUGUUGUGUUACGGUGCGGAUGUUCUCCCGAAAUGUGUUUGUCAUUCUUGUUUGGUGUGGGUUCACAGUGUGGCGCAUAUUUGUAACAGUGUUAAAGUUGUUUAUACGGUCACCCUCAGUGUGACCUGUAUGGCUGUUGAUCAAGUCACUUAUGUGUGUCUGUAGAAGCCGCAUACGCCACGCUGUCUAUAACGAGAAAAAGUGGACGCGACGACAGUUUGUAGAGGACGCUAAAGGCAGUGCCAUCAUAGCACGCCCUCAAUAUUGUUGUCCGGGUGAAAAUCGGGAGAAAUUCGGGAGAAUGGUUGCACCGGGAGAUUUUCGGGAGGGGCACUGAAAUUCGGGAGUCUCCCGGAAAAAUCGGGAGGGUUGGCAAGUAUGAUCGUCAUGUCUUUCAUAAUGAUUGUGAACACUAGGCAACAUUCCCCCCCCCCAAAAUACAGUUCCCCUUUAAGGCUCCAAUAUCGGCAACGUAUUGGGACACCCUUACUUACAAUUGCUGUCUUUCGCCCGUUGGCACAUUUGCACUUUGGCCUUUGGAGGCAAAAUGUUUGGACACCCCUGCAUUAGAAGCAUAUUUGGAUUGAAUUCUAAAUGACAUGAACAUUCAGGCGCUCAAAUUUGUAGUUACUCUCUGGCCUACGUGAUAAAAUGUAACAUUUAUCAGUGAUAGAUGUAAAUCUCUUUGUCUCUAAUGGCUCACUAAAAAGAAAUCGAGCCAGCAAUCAUUUGUUUACCUAUAAUUUUCCUCUUUUUAUGUGAAAAGUUGAGCUAUUUAGAGCAUUUUUCCGCUGCAUGCCUACGUGUUUCUAUUCUGCCAACAUUUUAUAUAAAAAUCCAGUUAUUUCUUCCUAAGCGACUGACUAAAUGUGUGUAUUGUAGCAAGGUGGUCUGCACUGGUCAGUGAGAGGAGGCUAUAUUGCACAACGUGUGUUUUUGAAGGCCAGUUGCAAACCAUUUCAAAGCUGAUGUAAUUGAGAAUACUGUAAGGCUUCAUUAUGCUACAGCCGCCCCUUCUGAUGGCGUCUUGGUCCUGUCGAACUGAAAUUUUGCAAUUCUCUGCCAUAAUGCUAGGGGCAGUGCAGAAGAUGUUUGUUUUAAAGAAGGGCGCUCUCACAGGACUAAAAAACGCUGACAAAUCACAGCUUUGCCGUUCAUAGCGCCGUUAGAUUUCUUUUGGAGGUGAACAUCAAGCUCCACCAGACUUUUGGAGCCAUGACGCUGUAGCCCAAUGAAGGCUUUAAUGAGGAGCAUUUUCACAGACUUGAUAAAGCUUUUGUAUACGCAUAUACAGUCAAAAGUUUACACACACUUGUAAAGAACAUAAUGUCAUGGCUGUGUUGAGUUUCCAAUAAUUUCUACAACUCUUAU